CAAGGAUUCUUCCAACUCUGCUAUUCUGCACGAAAGCGUGACGGGUUGGUUUUAAUGCUUCAGCUGCCUUCAUAUCAGUAAUCGGAUAUGUUGGAGCAGUGUGCACCCUGGGAAUCUCAAAAGUAGCAUAAAAGCGGCCUAGAUCAGAGUCCAGGUCCUGUCAGCAUUUUCUCAUGUGAACACAAAGCUAUAUGACAUGUAAUCUAGGUAUUUUCUCCACAACUGGUUUAAAGCAUCCACAUAGACAGGUGAAAAACAAGCUGGCUUUCUGGACUGUUAAUCUCUUUUUGGCUAUUGAUGGUUUGCCAACAUACCACUCCUUUUCCAUCCAGAAUUCAUUUUCUCAACAACGAACUGAUUGCAAGAAACAUGCAUAAAUGAUGGUACUGUAAUUAAAAACAGCAAUGCUGUUUGGCUUAAUAUUUCUGCAGCAGUUCAGAUUAGCACAAAACUAUAUUUCUUCUCUUUCUCCUUUUUAGGGUUAGAAUUCAUCAAUUUACAAGAUUAACAUUUAACUGGAAGGCAAAAUGAACCAGAUUAGGUAAAAGCAGGAUCUCUGUGAGCCAAAAGCAAGUUUGAGAGACACAGUGUUUAUUGAGUAUGUGCAAACAAAGCAGGAUUGCAGCCAUAAUUUAGUUCUAAUCUCUGGACAAUCUAGCUGUUGAUUUGCACAAACCAGCCCCAGGACACGAUAUUAUAGACCUUGGAAGCUCAGCAGCAUUCAUGGGGGAGGAACUAUUCACCCUUUUGCCUCAAACGUAGUUUGGGAACGUUUUCUUCAAUGAAUAAAUGAACAAGUAUCAUAUUUUUGAUUCUUGAUUUACUCAAUUGGGUUAUUUUUAUCUAAUUUUAGGACUUGCUUCAUCACAGUUGAAGUAAUAUUUAUGCAAAAAUAUUGAAAAUUCCAAAGGAUUCACAAAAUUUUAAGUAAUAUUGUAUAUAUGACAGUUGGAAAGAAGGAAGAUUUCUGCUUUCCUUGGUGAUAUGAGGUCAUAAAGGAUUGCAUGCAGUGGGGAAGACACUUCUGACAUCACAAAGAGGGCCAUAGCAACAAUUGAAGCAUAAAUACAAUAAUAAUUGGCUUGUGAGCUCAGAAUGCCUUUGGCUGGCUAAGUGGGUGUGAUCUCUGCUUGCCUUUUUGACACCUGAGAUUUCAAGUGCCCAGAAGAUUAAUCUCCAGCUCUCCAUGAGCCCAGACUCCUGAGCUGGAAUUUGAGGUUUCUGCUUUCCAAGAAGCAUCUUUUUCAAGUCUUUCCAUCCCAAUUGGUGGAACUCAUCAAGCUAAUGUUACCUCUGGAAGUAUUGCAAGCUUAACAGGAAAAAAAAUAUCCCACAUCCUGAGAUCCAAAGGAGAGGUGCUUAUAAAAGAAGCCACAAGAGCUGAAGCAGCAUGGGAGAUUGGAAGGCUUACAUCAAUACAGUCCUAAAAGACAAGAAUAUUGAAGAUGUAGCAAUUGUUGGACAUUCUGACAAUAAGUCUGUAUGGGCAUCUAAACCAGGAGGUCUGUUGGCAGCCAUAUCUCCUCAGGAAGUUGGGCUGAUCACUGGGCAGGACAGAAGAUCUUUCCUACAAACUGGGAUCACCAUUGCUGGAAAAAAGUGCAGUGUGAUCCGUGACAACUUGCUGGUAGAGAAAGAUGCUGUCAUGGACACCAGAACCAAAGGUGGUGACAGUAGGUCCAUCUGCAUUGGGAAAUCUUCCAAAGCUCUUAUCUUUCUCAUGGGCAAAAAGGGGGUCCAUGGAGGGGCCCUGAACAAGAAGGUACAUGAUAUGAUAGCAAGCAUGAAGGCAAAAGGCAGCUAGAUAUAGUGGUUGCCUGAAUCACUUUUCUCCUGAAAGGAGGACAUGGAGAAAGUAUUGAUCCUUGAAAUAAAAGCAUUUGGUGAA